GCAAUCGGUGCGCACUUCCUGAUUCUGCGGUCUCUAUGGGAACAGGCUGCCGCGGCGCCUCUCGUUGCAUGACGGGAACAAUGCGGUCGCUAAGCUACGGAAGCUCGCAUGCACAGAUGCCGGAUAGAGAGGCUAGAAUGGCGGAAGGGAACUCUGACUACGACCAUCGGGCCAUGAAAUUGCAGCGGAAUCUCAGACACUGUGAAGGGAAGAGGUUAGAGUUGGAAAGAGAGCUUUUCCAGCACAGCUCAUCUGAUGCACACAUAUGCCAUCUCAAGUACAUGAAACUGAAAAACUCAUUGAAAGAAGUAUGUGAGCGUGGGAAGAAAGCUCAUCUUAGAAACCAGGCAUUUCUGCAGGAAUUUGACCUCAUUGAAGCACGACUCUUUGGGUUGAUAUCCAAUGCCAAUGCUCUACAAAAAAAGAAGAUGCAACUGAAGUCACAUCCGCCAGAAAUGAACAAAGGCCCAAAUAUGUCAAGAAGCACGUAUCAUCCAGCAACAAUCUUCAUGGGCCGCCAAAUGUCAGCCAGCUCAAGCAUUGAACAUUGCCUUACACAGAGGAAAUCUCCCCAGCCCACAAAGAGCUUUUCAAUUUCUGACCCACAUUCAGUCAGACAGGCAGCAAUGAACAGAAAUGUGACAGACAGCUGUGUAGUACCAGCUAAUAGUGAUAUUCAGUGCUUAAAUAAGCCUGACAAAAUAGAUGGGAACACAUCCUUCCAGCUUAGUCAGAAAAUGCCGGUCACAUCCGUUGCAUCUUCCGAGGAUGGAAGAACACACCGUGCACAGAUCGACAAGAGUCAAAGUGGUAGGAAACAUUUAGUUGAAAGCAAGCAAUCUGCACAACUUAGCACACAGAUUUUGGAAAGAUUAAGUCCUGAGAACAGAGCAAGGGAUUUACAGAAUGACAGCCCGGGCAACAUGGUGGAAAAAUCAUUGAUGUAUGAAAGGCUAGUUCCUAAUGAAGAGAGCUUUACACACGCAAACCCCUCUGGAGCUUCACCUGAUGCCUGUGAUUACAUAAAUAACCAAACAUCAGAUAAACAUAGCGCCAGGGAAAAUCUGUCAGAAACAAUUGAAAGCCACCUUAUCCCUGAAGAAGAAGACAAACAAUGUCUUGACAGCAGCAGUGACCUUACAGUUUCCAUUAGUGAAUCAGAGGAUGACUCCUACCCACCUUGUGAAGUCAAUAGGAUAGAAGUCAAUCAGAAUGAUGAAAAGAACCUGUAUACAGCCCUACCCAAACAAGAGACUGUUAUUCUAAAGAAUUAUGAACAAUCGUCAGUCAUACAGCCCCUUCAAACAUCAGAAGUAAAUUCAUGUGAUGAGUCUUCAUCCGCCUCUACAAUCAGUCAGAGUAACUUGUCUGAUGAAGGAUUUUUCCAUUUGCUUCAGUCAAUAGAAAGAAUGGUGUUGCUAAGGGAACAGGGCGGUAUGGAACUUUACCAAAGGGCAGGUAUAAACCAGAAACAACUUCUGCGUCUCAUAAGUGUUUGUAAUCGGAUGGGAGCACUGAGGGUUGAAGACCUUGAGGCCUGCUGUGCCCUUGUACUCUGCAAGACUCAGGAACUGCUGAAGAGUACAUUUGUUGGAUACUCGCAUGAAGCAACUGCUGGCAUUCACAAUACAGAUGAAAGUAAAGAGAGGUUCUUGUCAAGAAAACGUCAGGAACGUCUGCUUGGUCACAUUGCAUUCCUAAAUAAGCAUCAUAUUUUGAAUGAAAAAGUACUUCCUGAAUGUUUUACCUCCGUGAUGAUGUUGAGUGAUGGACAGAAUAGUUGCAAGAGUGUGGAGAAUGUGGAAAAUUCUACAGAAGAUGGAAAUGUACCUCAAGUUAGCAGCACUAUGAAAGAUGAUCCCUUAACUAUAAAGCCUAGACAAAUUGUACAGGAGCUUUAUAAAACGACUGGAUCGUCGCACCAAGAAUUUGAAACACAAGUCCAUCCAGGAGUUGUGCUACAGAGUGCAAAUAUCAGUGUUGAAAGCAACACACAAGCUGAGGAGGAAAAUGAUGAGGAUGAAAUCAGUGAUCUAUCAGAGAUUUACAUUCCUGGGCUGACAGUUGAAGAAGGUAAUGCCACGACAAAAGCAAGCAAGAAACAGAUCUCAGAAACAAGUUUUUCAUCCAGUGAAAAAAGUCCCAUAUCCAGAAAAGAAGAUAAAAACAUUCAACCAAAUUAUAUGAAGUCAAAUAAUAUGUCUACAGGCAACAAGUUUAGCAAGGUGGUAACAACUGUAAAGUCUAAAGCUUUUUGGGGUGAAUCAGAAGACAGCAGUUCAGAAAUAGAAGCAAUGUUAAGACCAAAAACAGAAAGUGUGGAUGAUUUUGAUGACUUCUUUGACUAGAAUGCAAUUUCUUGCGUAUUGGUUAUGCUUUUUAAACUGAUGUGCUCUUGGUUUGUCAGACAAAACAGCAAUGAAAAGAAGGUACUGUAUCAUAAUUUAAUAAAAACUGACUUGUCUGCAGUAUUACUACACAUGCAUGCAAAUUUUAAUAUAUACUGUAAUUACUGCAUUGUAUUUAUCUGUUAUUUGCUGAAAUUGUAAUAAAAAACUAUUGCAAA